AUGGAUCUCUCUGUUUUGCCAAAUAACAACCAUCCUGACAAAUUCCUGCAGCUCGAUGUGAAGUCUUUCAUGAGGAACUCAGCUCUUCUUCAGGCCAGCCUGGUGAGGUUUCCAGGUGGGAAUUACCCUGCCGCCCAGCACUGGCAAAACCUCGUGUACUCACAGAGAGAGAAGAAGACUAUCACUGCUCAGCGAAUGAGAGGACCCAGUGCACAGCGUGCUGUUGCUACGGAUCAUCCCCCACCAUCCCUGUCCUCUGUUCUGAAGAAUAACCCACUGUACGGUGACAUAAGUUUGGAGGAAGCUAUGGAAGAAAGAAAAAAGAACCCCUCAUGGACCGUUGAAGAAUAUGACAGGCAUUCCCUGCACACAAACCUUUCUGGACACCUGAAGGAAAAUCCUAAUGACCUACGGUUUUGGUUGGGAGACAUGUACACGCCCGGUUUUGAUACCUUACUGAAAAAGGAAGAGGAACAAGAAAAGCAUUCGAAAUAUUGUCGUAUAGGUCUGAUUUUGCUCCUUGUUGCGUGCAUCUUGGUUUUCAUAGUGACCGUUUGCAUGUUGUUCGCCUAA